CUCAUGUUCAUAUAACGUGUUCAAAAUCUAAGAAAUUGUUUAUAUAGUUUCUCUUGUUUUGUCUYAAAUUUACGUCUUAGAAAGCUCAAAAUGUCGAGAAGAGGAGGACGAGGGAAGGUUUCGCACAAAGGGAGAAGGAGACACUUUACCGAUGAAGAAGAUCUAAAACAGGAUCUAGAAAAAGCGAAAAGAGAGCAGGAAUGGAGAGAAAGAAGAGGAGAAAUUCCUUCAGAUGAUGAAGGUGAUAAUAGCAAUGAAGACAGUUCUUCUGAAGAGGAAGGAAAUGAUAAAAAAGGUGUUAGCGCGCUCAUUGAAAUUGAAAACCCAAACAGAGUGAAACAAAAAAUGAAAAAAGUAACUGAUAUUAGUGUUGAUGGGGAAAGUUCCGCGUCAUCUACUCAGCUUUCACGUAGAGAGAGAGAAGAAAUAGCAAAGCAGCAAGAAAAGAUUAGAUAUCAAAAAUUACAUGCACAAGGCAAAACAGACCAAGCAAAAGCUGACCUGGCUCGUCUUGCAAUUAUUAGGAAAGAAAGAGAAGAUGCCGCAAGGAAGAGACAAGAGGAAAAGGAAGCCAGAGAAAAAGCAGCUGGAAGUAAAGGASGAAAAUGAAGACAUAUUCACAUAAUUAUUUGAAUUCCAAGAUACACAUACAAAACUAGAGAAUCACUUUAAGAAAUUACAUUUUAAGUUGCACUUUUUUWAGAAGACUGUCUGAUGUUGCCUACUUUUAAAACAAACAACUCAGUGCUGCAUAUAGUAUUUGGUUUUCUCUCUCUCUUUUUUUUUUGAUUGUAAAUUUAUAAUAUUGUGUAAUAACUAAAGACUUUCUGAAAACAUUUCUGUACUUCUAUUUAAAAAUUGUACAACAUUAGUCUGUUCAGACUUUACUAAUAAAGGAGUUAUUUCACUGAAGAUCUGUGGUCACAGAURGAAACAUCUGUAAAUGAAUAGUUUAAAUUUUAAGUCAGACACAACAAAUUAAUAUCAGUUUAAACCAGAAUAAGGCAGACUAAGAAUAAGAAAGAACACAGGUAGGAUUCUACUUGGACUAUGCAUAAAUUCUCUUUAGUUUUUUUUAAAAUUAUUUAUUUUUGAGUUUAACCACUGUACAUUUUCAUUAAUUUAGUUUUAAAUCAUUCCCAGUCGAGUGAAAUAGUAACAAGAUAUGGCAGCCAUGUUGGUUCAUGUGACAAAAUAAUUCAUGGACAAUACUUGCUAAAUUCAACCAAGAUGGCAGCUAUUUAUAUGGCUUUUUCUAACCAGUCAAAAAGAUCUUGUGAUGGAGACAAUACACUGAAUCUAAAGAGAGGCUAGUGACAGUCCCUAGUCAGUGCAGAGUAGAUAUUCAAAUUCAUCGCCAUAUUUCUGUUGUCUAUUGUGCAGACACAGUCCAUUAGGUAAAAGUGAUKUAACUUGUCCCAUGAUAAAAUGGAUAAGCAUAAUAUGUACAUAGUAGUAUACAGUAGAGUGCACACCAAUAUAGAGUGAAGGCAUUAAACCCGUCAAAUAAAAAAUAUUAUCAAACUCA